GGAGGCCACUCUGGUCAUCUAAUCUUGAACACUCACACUCUCUCGAUCGUCGUUGAUCGCUAACAGAUAGCAAUACGAACCAUCAUCUGCUUCCCUCUGUCGCACCAGCUUUUCGCCCGCACUUCUCUCGAAAGCAAAAAGAAAAUGUUACCACCCUUCAUCUCUCUCGAGGAGCACUUUGCCCGCGUUACGUCCUAUACCAAGGAAGCAUCCGGCAUAGGGGAGAACUUCUUCGCCGAUGCCCUCCGUCGCCUCCCGGAUGUCGGCCCCCUCCGGCUGCAAAGUAUGGACGACAACAACGUCGUGCGGCAGGUCGUCUCUCACGUCCCCAUGGUCCUCACGCUGCAGCAGGCCAGCGCCGUCAACGACCAGCUCGCCGAGGCGUGCAGGGCACACCCAGAUCGCUUCUCGGGCUUCGCCACCCUGCCGAUGGCCACGCCCGAGGCCAUCGCCGCCGAGCUGACGCGGUGUGUGCAGGAACUGGAAUUCGUCGGGACUCUGGUUGGAAACCACGCCUACGGCACCUUCUACGACGGCCCCGCGUACGAUCAACUCUGGGCCGCGGCCGAGGCACUCGACGUCCCCGUCUACCUGCACCCGGCGGAGCCGAGUCAGGCCAUGAAAGACGUCCUAUACACAGGCAGCUUCUCGGCUACAGACAGCACCCUGCUGGGGACGUUCGCAUACGGCUGGCACGCCGAGGUCGCGACGCACGUCCUGCGCCUCUUCGCCGCGGGGGUGUUUGACAGGUUCCCGCGGCUCAAGGUGAUCGUGGGCCACUUUGGCUCGUCCCUGCCCAUGUUUGUCGACCGUGUGGCCUGGAGCGAGACGCUGGGUGGCUUCAAGGACCGGCAGAGGAACUUCAAGGCCGUGUAUGCUGAGAAUAUCUGGAUUACUACGAGUGGCGUCUGGAGUCUGGACCCAUUGGCGACCAUCUUGAGGAAUACCAAGAUUGAUCACAUACUGUAUAGUGUGGAUUACCCCUUCACCUCGAACGAGAAGGGCUUGGCUUUUAUGCGGAGCCUGCAGGAGAGUGGGCUGGUGGACGAAGAGCAAUUUGCCAUGAUUGCGUAUAAGAAUGCGCAGAAGUUGCUCAAAGUUGAGUAUAAAGGAGGUGCUCCUUUCUUCAGGCUCGAGUAGAACAUAAUUACUUGAAAUGGUGAUGCUGUUCAUACAG